UUGUAGUUGUUUUGUGUGUCUUUGUGGUUGUUUUGUGUGUCUUUUAGUCGUUUUGCUCAUUUUGUAGUUAUUUUGUGCCUUUUUAUGGUUCCUUUGCAUUUCUUUGUGGUAACUUUGAGUCUCUUCCUGGUUGGUGCAUGGGGACCCCCCAGCCUUUACCUGGUAUGUCAUUUGGUAGUCCAACCAUUAUUCACAGUAUAUAUAGACACGUAAGUCCUUUCGAAGAAUUGUGCCUAAUAAUUAAAUAUCCAAGGCCUGCACGUGGCUGUUGUAAAUUUUAUUGGUUUGGUACUUUGCCAAGUCAAAACCUGAGACUCAAACAUUUUUGUUUUUAAGUCUCAAAUUAGGUCAAGUCUGUAGGGAGUCACGUCUCCUGUAAGUCAAGUCGAAAUCAGAUCUCAGGUUCUCUUUUGGUCUAUUUGAAUAUGACUGGAGUCUAAGUCUCAAGUCCUCAGCUUUGUUGCUAAGCAGCGAUGGACAUAUAAAGUUAACCCAUAAAGAUGGAAUUGAUUUGGGUAUCCAUAUGUCAAAGCUUUAAAAUCCAGGUAUAAGUCUACUUUUUUUUAUCUCUCUCAUUGCAUCAUUUAAUCAGUAUUUUGUGUUCAUCCGUCUUUCCCCUCUCCUCUUACAGAACAGAGUUUUGCUGGAGCGGCUGUCGCACAUGGAGGCACAACUAAAAGCCUCACAGGAGGACAGCGACAGACACCGCAUGGAAAGAGAGAGACUGAGAGACAGAGUGUCGGAACUACAAACGAAACUGCGAGACAAAGAAGCAGAGGCCAGAGAAGCUCUUCUAGCUCACUCCGAAGUCCUGAAAGCAAAAGAUGAAGAGAUACAGGCGCUCACAGAGGAGCUGCGAUCUCAACGAGAAGAGUUGGAGUCUUUGAGGCAGGCAAUCAAGCCAUUUACAAGCAGUCCUGAUAAGCCAAGCUACAGCUUCUUAGAGAAUGAACUGGCCACGAUCCGUCAGGAGAAAGAAACACUCACUCAGCAGCUUCUCAACACCAUCAAACACAAGGUGAAGCUGUCUCAAGAGCUGGAUGCCUGGCAGGAGGACAUGCGGCUGGUGAUCAAUCAGCAGGUUCAGCAAAGGCAGGAGGAGAGACUGAAGGAAACACAGCAAGAGAACGCAGUGGGACUCCAGAGAAGCAAGUCUUUAAAAAUGAGGGGAGAAGGAGGGAAAGGAUUCUUCUCGUCCUUAUUCAAAGACAAAUAACAGAGAGAAGUGGCGUCGGGUUAAACGGACAGAGUACCAGCCUUUAUCUUUGCCACUGUGAGCCUCUGCUGCAAGACACUGUACACUGUAAUGCAUCAUGAGCAUCGACAAGUAAAACGUUUACAGACCUCAUAUUUUAAUGUAUUUGUAUAUAUGUAUGUACAGUAUAUUAUUUCAGAAUUUAAGAUUUUAUAUUAAAAAUUUAAAGCCAACGCUAUCUGUUGCUUGUUUUAUUGUCUUGGUCUCUCUGACUUUGAGUUCAGACAGAACGUUAGGAAAGUUUUAGAGGCGGUGCAUUAACCAAAUUUGGACAAAUCAUCUUUUUUUGUCGAAGCAUGGUAAGUAGCAUAUAUGUAGUGCUGUGUACAAGUAGGUUUUAUGUAGAAAUACAGUUGUUAGAAUGAGUUAGGUUCAUCUAAACUUAGCCAAAAGGUAUGUGCAAGUAUAGAGUAAAAAGAAAGCUUCAGUGGUAGGUUUAAAGAUUUGUAACAUCAGAAAUGUGAAGUUCUACACAAAGGAGUUUGACUCAUUUCGUCAAAAAGAAAUUUAAAGAUGGAUAAAUGAAAUUAAAUAAAAUGUUAGUGGCAAUUAAAACGUCACAAAUUCAAAUUUGAAACGAUUUAAUGACUUUUAAGGCCUAACAUUUAUAAAUCUGAAUUUAAGACAUUUAAGGAGACCCUGUUUCCACUUGAGCAAAACAUUUGUGUGAAUUCUGGGGCUUUAUGAAUCUGCUUCAUGAAUCCACAGAGGGAAGAGCAACUUACAUGCAUACAUACAGCAAACAUGGAGCAACAUUAACAUUAAUUUGGAGUCUUUAGUGUUUCUGGACAUCUUAUAAAUGCCCCAUAUCCACUCUCCUUUAAGCUUUGUUUUGGUCUCCAACAAUUCCUGGGGAAAUUAUUUGGCUUUUUAGCUUUCUGGAUGCUAAACUGUGAACGUGGAACCAGAACAACGAGCUAAAAGGGGCGCUGAGUAGCUCACCUGGUAGAGCGGGCUCCCCCUAUGCAAAGGCUAUGUCCUUGCCGGGGCAGCCACAGGCUCGAUUCCUGCAACCACUUGCUGCAUGUCAUCUCCAUUCUCUCCCUCCUUCACACUACCAUUGUCCUAUCAAAAAAGGUCAAAAACUAUUAAAAAACAAAACAACAACAAAACAAUGAGCUAAAGGAGGCUAAAAUACACCGUUGUGCUGAGGGUAAGUUCAGAGUAAGGCCUUCACAUACCAGGGGCAUUUUUUCCUAUGAAUAAUUUUCAAACUGUUGUUUUCAAACAGAAAUAUUAUACAGUGAAAAAGUGGCAUCAUUUUCAGAACAAGAUUGAUUUUUCUGAGCUUUCGCCCUGAGUAUAAAUGCAUCAACCAAUCACAUUGUGUGGAACAGUAGACCUGUUGCAGAUGUUGCAAAUCCAUCCAAAUGGAUGAAUGGCCGGGUCGCGGGGGCAUCAGGCCAAGCAAAGCACCCCAGACGUCCCUCUCCCCAGCAACACUUUCAAUCUCCUCCUGGGGGACCCCAAGGCGUUCCCAGGCCAGAUGGGAUAUGUAAUCCCUCCUACCAGUGGGAUGUGCCCAGAACAUCUCCAGUGGGAGGUGCCCAGGAGGCAUCCUGAUCAGAUGCCUGAACCACCUCAACUGACCCCCUUUGAUGCGAAGGAGCAGCGGCUCUACUUUGAGCUCCCUCCACUCUAAGGCUGAGCCCAGCCAAUCCACGGAGGAAACUCAUUUCUGCCGCUUGUAUCUGCAAUCUCAUUCUUUCCGUCAUUACCCAGAGCUCAUGACCAUAGGUGAGCGUUGGGACGUAGAUGAACCAGUGAAUCGAAAGUUUCACCUUCCGGCUCAGCUCCCUCUUCACCACGACGGUCCGGCGUAGAGCCCGCAUCACUGCAGAAGCUGCACCAAACCACAGAUCCGGUACAAAUAGUUGAUGCAUAAUUUAUUCUGCAGGUGAGUAUUCUGCAUUUUCACAUCCUUUUUAACUCAUGCCCCUGGUGUGUAAAGGCCCUCAGGUAACUUUCUGUUGGUUUGUCACUAUGAGUGACCACUUUCAUAGUACUUGUAGAUAUUUU